AAGACCCCGUCUAGCGCUGGUAUAGGGCAGUAUACAGUACCCUUACCACCCACCUGAACUGCACAACCGACACCGACAAGAUGGCGAGCAUCCAAUCAGGCCAGACCUACAAGAUCGUCAACGUCAUGGGCGGGACGUGCAUGGACCUCUCCGGCGGCGACAACAAGUCCAUCAUCGGCUUCGAUUAUCACGACGGCGGCAACCAGAAGUGGAUCGUCGAGCAGCAGCAGGGCGGGCAGUGGACUUUCAAGUCCGCUGGCUCUGGCCUGUACAUCGGCAUCGAGCAGCAGCCCGGCGACGGCGUACCCCUCGUCGUUGCGCCCUCCCCGUUCCACUGGGACGUCUGGCCGGAUGAGCAGGACCCCUCCACUUUCCGUGUCUUCGUCCCCAACACCAGCCAGAACUGGGACUUGUCUGACCACGGCAACUCGGCGCCUGGAACCAAGGUGACACUCUGGGGUAAAUGGGAGGGCAAGAAUCAGACCUGGAGAUUCGAGCAAGCCUAAACGCGAGUUGGUCGAUUGCGUCGCGUUCUACAAAUGGACCUUGUACGAUAGGCUUGAAGGGAUAAGGAAAUGACAUGAAAUGUAUUUGUGACGUCUCCAACCCGACAACCGGGUUGAAAUUCGCGCUACCCUCAGGAGUGCUUCAGAUAGUUGGUUCUAGCUAUGUAUGUACUGCAAUGGUCGAGGCAGCCGCUGCAAGCCCG